GGUGGGCGGCCGUCUCACAGCGUGCGGCGAGCGCCUCUCCGGCCUCUGACAGUGCGAGGGUGAGGCGGAGCGAGCCGGACGAGGCGGGCCUCGUGCCCCGGACUACCGUCGCUCGCACGGUGAUGGUGCAGACGUAGACAGUGUCGCGAUGGGAGGACAGCACGCUGCGCCCACAGUCGGCCGCCUGCUGGUGGCUGCCGGUCUACUGCUCAGCCUGGGAGGUCUCACUCGAGGUCAGAGCCGUUCCCCACGCAUCACGGAGCACCCUUCCGACACGAUCGUGCCGCGCAACGACCCGGUCACCCUCAACUGCAAGGCGCAGGGUCGGCCGCAGCCCGACAUCUCGUGGUACAAGGAUGGCCGCGAACUGAAGCCCGGCUCGGCGCACCGGGUCACGCUGCCCGAGGGUGCGCUCUUCUUCCUCACCGUGCAGCAGAACAAGAAGGAGAACGACGCGGGCGUCUACUGGUGCGUGGCGCGGAACGAGGUUGGCCGCGCCCGCAGCCACAACGCGACGCUUAAAGUGGCAGUGAUUCUGGACGAAUUCAAGACGAUCCCGAAGAACACGGAGGUGGCGGUCGGCGAAAGAGCGGUGUUGGAGUGUGCUCCACCCAAGGGCGACCCGCCGCCUACCGUCCGCUGGCGGCUCAACGGACGCACUGUGGACGUGUCCACCACAGACAGGCUCCAGAUCGGCGGCGAGGGUGACCUGAUCAUAGAUGGCGCCACCGCCGAGGACGCCGGCGAGUACGCCUGCGAGGCUCACAACUACGCGGGCAUGCACCGAGAAACGCCGGCUGUGACGCUCUCCGUCCACGUGCGUCCGCAUCUACUGCGCGCCCCGACGGACGCGACGGUGCUGGUGGGCGACUCGGUCGACCUGGCCUGUCAGGUGGCCGGCGACCCGCCGCCCUCCGUCUACUGGCGCCGUCAGGACGCCCGCAUGCCCGUCGACCGUAUCAACGUGCUGCAGGACAAGACGCUGCGCAUCGAGCAGGUGCGGCCGCAAGACGAGGGCACCUACGUCUGCGAGGCCGACAACCGCGUGGGCAGCGUCACCGCCUCGGCCACCGUCACCGUACACUCGCAUCCGUCGUUCGACCGAGCCCCGAGCGACCGGCGUGUGGCGCGCGGCGAGAGUGUCACCCUGGAGUGCGGCGCCGCCGGCCACCCGACACCCACCGUCUACUGGACGGCCGACGGCAGCGGCGACACGCUCUUCGCCGGCGAGCAGCGGGGCCGCUUCAGCGUCGGCAUCGACGGCAGCCUGCGGAUCGACGAGGCGCGUCGCGCCGACCGCGGCUACUACGCCUGCACGGCGCUGAACGCGGUGGGCUCGAGGUCGGUGCGCGCGCACCUGGAGGUGGCCGAGCAGGGCCGCGUGCGGCCGCCGCCCGUGCUGGCUGUGCUGCCCGGCAACCAGACGCUGCCACUCAAGUCGCUGGCGCUGCUACCGUGCCGGCCGGCGGACGGCGCCGGCGGCAGCGUCGGCUGGGAGAAGGACGGCCAGCCGAUCCGGCGCGACAACCCGCGCACGCAGGUCGAUCCCGACGACGGCUCGCUCAAGGUGGACGAUCUUCUCACCUCGGACAGCGGCACCUACACCUGCACGGUGACCUCUGCGGCCGGCGUGACCUCGGCGUCGGCGCGGCUGACCGUGGCCAACCCCACCAACCCCAACGUCAACUUCCACCGGCUGGCCGAGCCGGGCACGUACCCGUCGGCGCCGCAGCGGCCCCGCGUCGCCGCCCGCAACGCCAGCUCGGUGACGCUCGCCUGGCGGCCCGGUCAGCAGAUGGGCGCGUCGGCGCUGCGGGGCUACACGGUCGAGUACUACAGUCCGGACACGGAGCGCGGCUGGGUGACGGCAGCGCGCCGCGUGGCCGCCGAGACCGCCACCGUCGGCGGUCUGCGCGCGGACACCACGUACGUGUUCGGCGUGCGCGCGGAGAACGGCCAGGGCCUGUCGCCGCUGUCGGAGCUCACGGCGCCGGUGCACACGCUGGCGGCGGUGCCGGAGGGCGCGACAGGGCGCCGCCUGGCGGAGGCCGCCCGCAGGCUGGAGAGCUUCACCGUUCGCCUGAAGACGGCGCGUGCCAUCUCCUCCGACGCCGUCAAACUCAGCUGGAAGAUUUUGACCAAUGCCGACUUUAUCGAUGGAUUUUUGAUCCGCUACCGCGACCUGUCGAGCGGGCGCUACGACGUGCUGAGCAUCCACAACUCGGGCGGCAGCGCCUACAUCGUGGCCAAGCUCAGAAAGUUCACCAACUACCAAUUCUUCCUGGUGCCCUUCUACAAGAUGGUGAUGGGCAGGCCGUCCAACAUGGUUGCGGUCCGCACGAUGGAAGACGCACCCAGCGGUCCUCCACUGAACCUGACCGUUCGUCCCAUCAACGCGACGGCCGCCGCCAUCUCAUGGCUGCCCGCGGCCGAGGCGGACCGCAACGGCAUCACCAGCGGCUACCUGCUACACCUCAGCCAGCAGGGGGGCACCUUCCGCUUCAACGUCACCGUAAACGCCAGCACCACGCAGGUGAUCCUGAAGAACCUGACGGCCGGCGCCGGCUACCUGAUCCGCACGGCGGCCGUCAACCGCAAGGGCACAGGACCGCUCUCGGAGCCAGUCAGCUUCCGCACGGCCGACGGUGACGCCCCUGGCGGCGGCGCUGCCGACCCGCGGCUCGCCUCGCCCGUGAAGAACGUUGUGAGCGAGGUGUGGUUCAUCGCCACCAUCGGCGCGCUGGUUCUGCUGGCGCUGGGCGUGUUCGUGGCCGUGGUCUACUGGAGGCGGCGCCGCGAGAAGAAGGCGCUCGGAAACCUGACAGUGACGUCAGGGAAGCCGGAUGACAUUUCGCUGCUGCCGAUGCACGGCGAACGUGGCGCCCCCUGGGUGGAGGCGUCGUUCGACCGCGGCUGGCGAGGCCAGUUUCAGAAGGAGCCGGAGACGAAGCUGCUGAACUGCGACGUUGCGCCAAUGGUGGCCGCUGAGUACGCCGAGCUCGACCAGCGAAACGUCAGCACGUUCUACGGCGCCCCUCACGGCUCGUACCGGCCGGGACAGCAGGAUGAGCCAGCUCCGUACGCCACCACUAUGCUGCUGGGUGGGGCGGGCCGGCGUCCGGCAGCGCGUGGCUCCGGCUCCGAGGAGCCCGGAGUCCGGCGAUCAGGGUCAGAUGAGUCCAGCGGCGUCAAGAGGUCCGGCUCCGAUUUCGGCGCGCCACCGGGCAGCUCCGGCUCCGGUGGGAGCGGACACAGAGGUUCGAGGACUCCAUGUUUCGACGGCCACCCCGGUGGACACCCGAUGCUCGACUUCAGCGAGUUUGCGCCGCCACCACCGCAGUUCCCGCCGCCGGACCUGACGAACAGUACGCGCGCCUCGCACUUCCCGCACCUCCCGCACGGCGGCUCGGCGCCGUCCGUGCGCGGGAUCGGUUCGCCGCACGCGCAGCGCCGCCCAGCGGUCAGCUCGGGAACCGGCAGUUCGCGGUCGGGCCGCUCGGCGUGCGGCCGCCAACCGCUGUACAACGUGAGCGGCGAGUCACGCGGCGGCCGGCCGGCGGAGGAGGCCGCCUACGAGUACGAGGCGGCGCUGCUUGUGGGACGGCGGCGCGGCCGCGCCGGCGAGCCGCGCCUCCAGCUGCAGGAGCGGCCGGGCGCGCCGCAGCUGCAGCUGUACGGCGCCCCGGACGAGUCCGAGUUCUCCGACCGCGGACCCAGCCCCGAGUCGUCCGUCAACGGCGAGACGGGCGGCAGCUGGGAGCCGACCAGCUGUGACGAGGGCAGCGACGACGCCAGCGCCGCCGCCGGCGGGCCGGACGAUUUCGGCGAGUCGGUGUCGCGCGCCGCUCAGCAGGCGGGCAUGACGGUGAACGGGGGCCGGUCGGCCGGCCGCCGGCGCGCUUCACCCUACUCCACGGACAGUGCGUACAGUGCACAGCCGCGUCCGCCGCGGCCGUACCGCAAGCGGGGACAUCCGACGGCCAAUACGCUGGACCGACCGUCCGGACCCGGCUCGAACAUGGAGUCCUUCCAUCCGAACGACUUCAACCAGCGUGGCUACCGGAUCCCUGAGGAGCGAAACAUCGGGGAGAACGGGCCACUUCUCGCCAAUGGCGCAUUGUGAACGCCCACACAGCUCCCAGGCUCGUCUCCCUGAGGAGAGAAACACCGGGGAGAACGGGCCGCUUCUCGCCAAUGGUGCAUUGUGAGCGGUCACACAGCUCCCAGGCGCGUCGUGGAGGGACGCCACAUCGUGGGCAUUGCGGACCGUUGAACUCUGUGGACUCCGAUGCGCAGCUUGGUGGAGUCAACGCGACUGCAGUGCUGAGCCGUGGUUUAGAGUCAGACGUCGAGUAAGCUGAGAGUACUUGUGCCACUGUUCGUGUUUGGAGGUGGCGAGUUCUAGUUGACAAUGUGAUCCGUAUGCUUCAGUGUCUCCACCUGGUUAACCAUCGAACUCUGAGCUAUGCCAUUUUGUUAUAGUAACCGCUUUCUUACUUUUAUAGCAAUAGUUUUGUGGUUCCACACCCACCCCGUGUCAUAUACGCACCACACUGAACAAAGCUAGGCAAUAGGCUUUUGGUGGCCCCCAUGUUUGAGAGAUGGAUUUUGAAGGCGUAACCCUUUUCAGUUAUCUUCCAUAGGUCCGACAUACACACUGCCUUGCACUGAUGCGCGUUUUGAUGCUAUAUACCGUGCAAUGCAGCAUCAGUGAUUUCGUUUGCGAGAUUUUUUAUCUAAUCAAUUGGUCGCGUUUAAUCACAUUACCCGAUGAAAAUUGUCUCCCCAAUACGAUUGUGACAUUCAGGUCAUGCGUGCCGCGGGUUGAGGAAGCCGUAUUUGUGACACGAAGCUGUCCCCUGUGACCUGAACCUGCGAAUGACAGACCGUGUCACCAAGUACCCUUAUCUGAAGUGUAUCAUUUGCAUGGCGAUGUUUUCGGAGCAGAACCUAUGCGCGAAGAACGCGGAGCUCACGUUUCUCCGUUAGGGAAAGUGAAUGUGCCGCUGUCGUUUGAGCCACUCUCGCGUGCACCCGCCAUAUCCCCGACGAACCGCACCGCUCCGUACUCUGUACACGCGCGUGGGAUGUGCCCAAUGCCGUUCGUGGGUUCCUCCAGGGCACCCAUCUCGCCCCUACAGCCGUGUUGUAGGUGUUCCGCCAAACUGGUGCACGUUCAGGCUGUGAUAAUGUAUACGUCGAUUGUGCAGGGCAGUACGCCGGCGCAAUAAUUCCCUUGUGAUUGUGGACGGCUGGAUGUCGGCGUGUAAGACACUGGCGGACGUCAGCCUUGCGCGUGCGAUGACGUGGGAGGGUCCGCGCGGCGGAUGCCGGAGGGGGCCAGCGCAGGGGACAUCGAGAAGCGAUGUUCUGGGGCGGUGGUCCUGCUAGUCACUUUACGAGCUCACCGCGUCGUCGCUUUGCCGUUGAGUACUGUCAAUAAACGCUCGAUUUUUAA